AGUAGUCCAAUAGCUGCUCUAGGAACUUCACUGGGGAGGAAGAGGUAAGCUUACCCUGAAAGGAGGAUUUGGGCUGUUGAAGCUACACGUGGAUGUGAAAUGAGUCAAGCGGAAUCUUGAUUACAAGGAAUUUCAUCCACUCCUUCCCACCAUGGAUUGCCAAGAAAAUGAAUACUUGGACCAAUGGGGACGGUGUGUCACCUGCCAGCAGUGUGGUCCUGGACAGGAGCUAUCCAAGGAUUGUGGUUAUGGAGAGGGUGGAGAUGCAUACUGCACAGCCUGCCCUCCUCACAGGUACAAAAGCAGCUGGGGCCACCACAGAUGUCAAACUUGCAUUACCUGUGCUGUCAUCAAUCGUGUUCAGAAGUUCAACUGCACAGCUACCUCUAAUGCUGUCUGUGGAGACUGUCUGCCCAGGUUCUACCGAAAGACACGCAUUGGAGGCCUGCAGGACCAAGAGUGCAUCCCGUGCACGAAGCAGACCCCCACCUCUGAGGUUCAAUGUGCCUUUCAGUUGAGCUUAGUGGAGGCAGAUGAACCCACAGUGCCCCCUCAGGAGGCCACACUUGUUGCACUGGUGAGCAGCCUGCUGGUGGUAUUUACCCUGGCCUUCCUGGGGCUCUUCUUCCUCUACUGCAAGCAGUUCUUCAACAGACAUUGCCAGCGUGGAGGUUCGCUGCAAUUUGAGGCUGAUAAGGCAGCAGAGGAAGAAUCUCUCUUCCCCAUGCCACCCAGCAAGGAGACCAGUCCUGAGUCCCAAGUGAGUGAGAGCAUCUUUCAGACGCAGCCACUUAACCCUAUCCUCGAGGACGACUGCAGCUCGACUGGUGGCUUUCCCACACAGGAGUCCUUUACCAUGGCCUCCUGCGCCUCAGAGAGCCACUCCCACUGGGUCCACAACCCCAUCGAAUGCACAGAGCUGGACCUGCAAAAGUUUUCCAGCUCUGCCUCCUAUACUGGAGCUGAGAUUGGGGGAAACACAGCUGAAAGCACAGGAGACAGGCUGGAGCUCAAUGUGCCCUUUGAAGUUCCCAGCCCUUAA